UUCGCCGGCAGGCUGGUGGCUGGGUGGAGGAGCGAUGAUGCUGUCCGGCGGGCAGAGCGGGGCAGCUCACCUCACACUGUAGGGCCGGGGCGUUGUGCACCCGGGCAGGCUGUGGGAGGCUGAGAUCGCUGGCGCCGCGGCUGUCCUCGAAAGGUAGAACACUUAAGGUGCUGUGCUAGAGGACCAGCGUGUCUGGCUGAUGUAAACGACGAUAAUGUGAGGAAAAUCAUGUAAAUAUUUUAGUGAGCGAUCAUUCUGAGACUGUGUUGCUUUUUUCGAUAGCCUCGUGCAAGCCUAACUCCUGUAAUAAUCGAGGAGAAUGUGUGGAAACUGUCGGAUAUUACAAAUGCCGUUGCGACGAAGGGUUCUACGGUUUGCGGUGUGAAUUGGUUAAGCAAUGUGACACUUUGAGUGCUCCUGUCCAAGCAAAAAUGCUGUGCAACCACCCUCUUGGAAACUUCAGCUUCAACUCCACCUGUGACUUCCACUGCAUUCCAGGGUUCACACUGCAAGGGUCACAGAGUCUCCAGUGCACGGCGGCAGGACAGUGGACAGCAGAGACACCCAGCUGUGAAGCUGUAAAGUGUGGAAAACUGGAGAUUCCCGAGAAAGGAUACAUGAACUGCUCUCACCCCCUCAGCGAUUUCAGUUACAAGUCAGUGUGUACGUUAAACUGUGAUAAAGGAUUUCAUCUUGGUGGAUCAGAUAGCAUUCAGUGUGGAACAUCUGGACAAUGGAAUGGGCGGAAACCCACCUGUGAAGUUCAUAUCUUUAACAAAAUGUGGGAACCACAAAAGGCCACAGUAGCAACUGUGGGAACAGCAUUCACACUGCUGCUUCUGUCAUUUGUAGUCUGGGGUAUUAUACGUCGUUAUAGAAAAGCAAAACAAGAGAAGAACCCACUUUCAAGAAAUGAAGACAAUUUGGAAAGAACUACAGUUUAAUUGUGGGAUGCUUUAGAUUGCUGAAUUACCUUUGAGUGUAUAAUGAAAAAAUCAGUAGCAUCAAUGACUUCUGAAAACUGAUAAGACACAAAGAGUGUUUC